AUGGCAGUUUCGGCGGCUCCUGUCGCUCCGGAGGCUGCGGAAGCGGCGGAGGUUGUUAGUACGAUUACCAUUACGAACCAUGGAGGAGUGCAUGGCGGAUUUCUUAAAGCGGAUCACUCUAUACCGGACUGGCACGGCGAGGAUUGGGGCUUCCUGGGAUCAGAUUUCCAGAUGACGCGCGAUGGGGGGAGUGGUGGUGGCCUGGUGUCCGGAAGGGCUGACGGCUUGGGGUCUGAAAGGGCUAACGACUUCAAAUGUAGGGGCGUCACUCAAGGGGUUGCUGGCGGCGGUGUGAGGCUUGGGGGACCUGUCGGCUUGGGGUCUGGUGGGACUGGCAGUAGCAGCGGCGGCAUGCCUCACGGCACGCCAUGGAGUGACUUGUUGCUCAUGGGCGAUGCGACGCCGUUGCUGGUGGACCGUGGCCGUCCUGCUGGUGUCAGUGAACCGCCGUGGCAGGAGCAGCAGCGGCAGCAAGAGCAGCAGCAGCAGCAGCAGCAGCAGCAGCAGCAGCAGCAGCAGCAGCAGCAGCAGCAGCAGCAGCAGCAGCAGCAGCAGCAGCAGCAGCAGCAGCAGCAGCAGCAGCAGCAGCAGCAGCAGCAGCAGCAGCAGCAGCAGCAGCAGCAGCAGCAGCAGCAGCAGCAGCAGCAGCAGCAGCAGCAGCAGCAGCAGCAGCUGCAGCAGCAGCAGCAGCAGCAGCAGCAGCAGCAGGAGCAGCAGAAGCAGCAGCAGGAGCAGCAGCAGCAGGGAGAGAAGCAACAGCAGCAGCAACAACAGCUGAAGCAGCAACAGCAACCGUUGCAGCAGGGGGAGCAGCAAGGUGUGGAUGAGAGCAUGGGCAAGAUAGGAUUGGGGGAGGGUGGGGAAGGAGGCGGCCGAGAGAAGCGCAAGUGCCGCGCGUGGGAGAGGAGGGAGCGGUUGAGGAGGGGUGGUGGUGAAGGCAGGGGUAGCAGCAGCGGUGAGAGGGGGAGGCGGAGGAGUCGGGUGUGUGUUGGGAUAUCAGGCGCUACUAGCACUGAUUGCCAUGAUGUUGACAAUGGUCGUGGUUCUGGUGGUGGUUAUGCCGCUGCUGGUGGCAGUGCUGCUGCUGGUACUAUUGCUACUGCUGCUGCUGCUGCUGCUGCUGCUGCUGCUGCUGCUGCUGCUGCUGCUGCUGCUCCUCCUACUGCUGAUGAUGAUGAAACUGAUGGUGAUGGUGAUGGUGAUGUUUUUGGGGCAGUGGAUCCUGGUGCUGCCCGCCCUGCCGGCAAAGGAGAGUGGUUCGGAGAGAGAGACAUGGAGGAGCAGAUGGGACGGCUGUCAGCAGGAAUGAUGAUGAAGAUGCCCGCUCAACCAUCCCGUCUCUCUCCUAUCUCGCACCUCCCUCCUCUCUCUCCGCUCUCUCUAUCCAGCAACCAUAGUCUGCUGCUAUCCGUGU